ACAAUUCUCAGCUUUGCUUACCAGGGUUAUUACUGGCCGAGGCUGCCGCCUGCAAAAGAGGCUUUGCCAGCCCCCUCGUGUCCUUCUUUGAAAAGGGCAGCUGGCUUGUCCCGGAGGACAUUGCAGAGAGGGAGAGCGCGGGGCAAAGCGGCUGCGAGCGCCCCGGGCGGGAAGAAGCCUCUUGCUCGUUGCUUUCCUGAAGCGAACUUGCUAAUCGGCAUCAUGCACAGCUACGGGACGCCGAGGCAGAACGAGGAUUAAGGCGGGAAAAGAGGCGCGGUGGGGUGGCUGGGCAGGGCGGGGCGGCUCUGGGAGCUCAUCCUUCUCCUAAGGGGAGCGCCGCGGGCGAGAAACAUCGCCGCGCCGAUCGAAAGAAGCUCCUCGCCGGGAUCCCGUGCGGGCUAGAAGCCGAGCGCCAUGGAGGGAAGCCCGAUCCCAGUGCUGACCAUGCAGACGGUCCCGUACGAGGACCAGAAGCCGACGGGCGGCGGAGGGCUGAGGAGGCCCACCGCGGUCUUCGAGGGCCAGCGCAAUUACUUGCCUAACUUCAUCCAGAGCCUGCUGUCCUCCAUCGACCUGCGCGACCGCCAGGGCUGCACCAUGGUGGUGGGCAGCGACGGCAGGUACUUCAGCAAGACGGCCACCGAGGUGGUGGUGCAGAUGGCGGCAGCUAACGGGAUUGGAAGAUUGAUUAUUGGACAGAAUGGCCUUUUAUCCACUCCUGCUGUGUCCUGCAUUAUCAGAAAGGUCAAAGCUGCUGGGGGGAUUAUUCUCACAGCCAGUCACUGUCCUGGAGGACCUGGAGGAGAAUUUGGAGUAAAGUUUAACAUUGCCAAUGGAGGUCCAGCUCCAGAUGUUGUUUCUGAUAAAAUUUAUCAGAUCAGCAAAACCCUUGAAGAAUAUGCUAUUUGCCCUGAUUUGAGAAUUGAUUUGUCUCGGUUGGGAAGACAGGAGUUUGAUCUGGAGAAUAAAUUCAAGCCUUUCCGGGUUGAGAUAGUGGACUCUGUGGAGGUUUAUCUUAAUCUUCUGAGGACCAUUUUUGAUUUCAGUUCUAUUAGAGGCUUGCUAACUGGGCCAAAUCAACUUAAGAUAAGAAUUGAUGCCAUGAAUGGAGUGAUGGGCCCCUAUGUCCGGAGAAUCCUGUGUGAGGAAUUGGGAGCUCCUGCUAAUUCUGCAGUUGACUGUGUCCCUCUGGAAGAUUUUGGUGGCCAGUACCCUGAUCCAAACCUUACAUAUGCCACUUCCUUGUUGGAAGCAAUGAAAGGAGGAGAGUAUGGAUUUGGAGCUGCAUUUGAUGCUGAUGGGGAUCGUUACAUGAUUCUGGGUCAAAAUGGAUUUUUUGUUAACCCUUCUGAUUCCCUGGCCAUUAUUGCAGCAAAUCUCCAUUGCAUUCCGUAUUUUCAUCAGAUGGCUCUGCGAGGGUUUGGUAGGAGUAUGCCUACCAGCACUGCUUUGGACAGGGUUGCAAAAUCAAUGAAAGUACCUGUAUAUGAAACACCGGCAGGAUGGAGAUUUUUCUCAAAUCUGAUGGAUUCUGGUCGAUGCUCUCUCUGUGGAGAAGAAAGUUUUGGCACUGGAUCUGACCACAUCCGAGAGAAAGAUGGACUUUGGGCUGUUUUAAUUUGGCUCUCAAUUAUAGCAGCUCGAAAGCAGGGCGUGGAGGAAAUUGUUAGAGAUCACUGGACAAAAUUUGGCCGUCACUAUUAUUGCAGAUUUGAUUAUGAAGCACUGGAUCCUAGAAUGGCAUACUACAUAAUGAGAGACCUGGAAGCCUUGAUCACUGACAAAUCUUUCACUAAUCAACAGUUUGCUGUUGGAAACAAUGUUUACACUGUGCAGAAAGCAACCAACUUUGAAUAUGUGGAUCCCGUAGAUGGCACUGUGACCAAAAGACAGGGGUUGAGGAUUAUAUUCACUGAUGCUUCCAGACUCAUCUUUAGAUUAAGUGCUUCAAGCCAUGUGCGAGCCACCCUUAGAAUCUAUGCAGAAAGUUAUGAAAAAGAUCCCAGCAAACAUGAGAAGGAGCCACAGGCGGUUUUGAGUCCACUCAUUGCCAUUGCACUGAAAAUAUCUCAGAUUCAUGAGAGGACAGGUCGUAAGGGUCCCACUGUCAUCACCUGAAGGAGAAUUGCUGACUGAGGGCCAAACUCUCGGGUGGACAAGGAAAAAUGAAGACAGUGCUCAAAUGCACCAGUUCUUUGUGCCUUAUAUUAGCUUAAGGGCUUGGGGGCAGUUGGGCGGGAGGUGGGUGGACAAAAUUUAUUUUGAGUUUCAUUCUUAAGAAAAAUGUGCACUUGUCUCUUAUAGGCUUCAGCGUCUUCUUGUGUUGCAAAUGAUCAAAACCAGGCUGUCUGAGUAAUACCAAGAUUUGUUUAUAAGAGAUGAUUUUAAAAAAGAUUCCUGUGUUUUGCAUUUGCAAGGUGAAAAUAGGCUACAUGUUUCCUUAGCUAGAGCUGGCUGCAAAACAUAGAUUUUUGAUAAUAGUGUUUUAUGAAUCACCCAUCAUAAUUUAAAAAGAAAGCACUCUUAAUGAUAGUCAAGGACAUUUUUAAAAUCUCAAAAACAAGAUAUUAUUCUUAGGUUACCUUAUUUUCUAAACCCAUCGGGGAGUUAUGAUGGAUUAAUUUUGAAUUAAAAUAUAAUAGGGCUCUUAUUUCAGAUGGUCGAAGUCCCAGAAGAACAACCUAGAACAAGGAUCUUCAAACUUGGCAAGUUUAAAACUUGUGGAUUUCAACGCCCAGAAUUCCUGAACUAACAUGACUGGGGGAGGGAUUCUGGGAGUUGAAGUCCACAAGUCUUAAAGCUGUCAAGUUUGAAGACCCCUGGCCUAGAAUGUCGGCAACUUUGUCCUUUUCUUGGGCUGUGACAAAGUGUUUGUGUAAUACAAUGAACCAUAAACUAGCCAAUUGCAUUUUAGCCUAGUGGCUUUGUCAGCCUGGUCUGUGUGGUUAAUUUAUGGUUCAAUGAUUUUUACAAAUUUGGAUUUAUUAAAUAAACUAUGAGUUAAGGAUGGGUAGGUUCAUGUCAUGUGAACAUUGCCAUUUAAUCCAAAGGGAGCAGCACAUGAGAAGAAUCCGCAGGUGGGGCUAUUCUAAUCAAUGAGUUCACAAAUAUGUAGCCCAGAAGAUUUAUUUACAAAUAGGUGCCCCUGAGCAACAAAAACAACGUAAUCUUCCAUAACUAUGCCUAAUUCUGCAGCUUUAUCCUGAGAUUUUACUUAACUGAUUAUUUUUUUUCAAAGUAUACUGGCAACUGCCACUCCUAAUUUCUCAGCUCGAGUUUUAAUGACUACAUUUUUAUGCACCAGUGCUACAUUUAUACACACUUGAUGUAACUAAAUCUUAUAUAUUUAAAUGGAAAAAUGAGAAGUUACCUUGCAGCAAUCUGUUUGGCAAACAGCUUUCAUGUUUUGUUCAUGUCUGCUGUUACUCAUAAAUACCAUCACCAGCAUAACUGAUUUGUAUGUGUGGUCUCUCUGCUUGUAGCUUACAAAUGGGACUGCUUUUUUCUACUUAUUUCCUAAGCCACCUUCUAUUCAGAUUCAGUUCUAUACAGCUUCAGUUUUAAGGAAAAUAUACCUUUUGCUAUGAGCUGAUGAUUUGUAUUCUGGAUUUAUCUCCUACUGUGGAGCUACCUUGACAAUGAUCCCUCUCCUUUUGUUAUCCGUUUCUUUUUUUAGAAGUAAAUCUUUAGGGUAUUUCCCUCUCACUCUCUUGUGCAUGUUCACUAUCACUCUCUCAUACACAAGUAUUUAAUUAAAAUCAAUUUAAUUCAAAAUCUUUAAAAGAUACAUUUCAAGAUAUAUUUAUGUUCCAAUUUUUUAAAAGGGCUACAGAUCACAGCAGAGUUCUAACUUUUAUGCAGAUGGACCAGCUAAUUCUUUAAAAACAAACACCAAACACCAUUCAGAAGAGACAGUAAAAAAAGCUAAAAAGGAAACCAUUCCUCUUCUACAGCCAAUACCCAGAUAAGCAGGGAUUAAUACCAGACAAACAAUCCAGAAGAAAACAAUAUCCUAAUCAAGUAAAUACCAAGCAGAAAACCACAUCCCCACCAACCCUGGCAGGGCAAGUUACUAUCUAUGAACAGGCAGAAAACCCACAUUCACUGAUGGAUGAUGGUGAUCAUAAUGUUAUUUAUUUGGGUAAUGAAAUGUCUGCAAGCAAACAGAGGACCAAGGACCCCACAAACGUAUGAAUUUGGAUAAGGUGGAGGAAAUGGGCCUGUGUGUGGUGCGUUCCAUUGCUGUGCACUGAUUUAUAAUCAUAAUAAUCAUAAAUAAUCAUAAUUCAAGGUGGAAGUGCUGUUUGGUUAUUGCAAAUGUGUGGCAAUUGAAUCUCACCUUUAGUGAUAUAGGUGACAAUCUGUCUUUUAAGCAUUGUAUGCCCCUACAUAUACUUGGAGAUCCAUAGUGGAGUUUAAUUCUUUUGUAUGAGAACAUGACUUGACAAACUAGGAUUCUGCUACUGAGUCAAUCCCCACAUAACAUCAAAAUAUUUAAAUGUUAUGGUAUGUUGGAAGUGUAAGAUUCCUGCUUCUAUAUACGCCUUAUCAACAUCUCUGAAACUAUAUCAGAAACCAGUUUUUAAACAACCAUCUCUCCUUUACAGCAGAUAAUUUCCUCAACUUUGAAAGUGGGAUUUUGGAUCUUUUCAAACUAAAGCAGUGGAAAAUCUGAGUCUAAUCUAAAGCAAAGGUGCCAUGCUGGCUAGAAAAUUUUUAAGAGUUGAAGUCUACAUGUCUUAAAGUAGCCAAGGUUCGGCAUCCCUGCUCUAAAACCUCAAAUGGUAGAAGAGAGCUUAGAAAAGGAAAGCAGGAAGACAGUGGAAGCAGCUGGCAUCAGAAUUAAAAUGUGCUGUUUUGCAUAACUCCAGACAAAGGAAUUACAAUUCCAUUUUCCAAGUAAUUUAUUUUAACCAAGAGACAGGGCUUUGGGAGGCAUGAGAGUGUAUGGAGCUGAAGAGAGAAAUUUUCCCACCUAAAACACCAUCUAGAUCGGAGUAUCAAACUGGUGGCCUGCAAUUCGGAUGCAUCAUGUGCAGACCAUGCUCAUUCCAGCUCCGUGAAGGUGAGAAAUGUGACAGCAAUGUGAUGCCACAAGUUUGUCACCCGUAAUCUACAGUAGGUUGUUAGUGGAACUGUAAUAGACGUUCUAGAAAUAUUUGCCUAGUUCACUUAAUGAAAAGCUUGCCCAGUGUCUUACUAAAAAGUCAGGGAAUAAUAUGGCAGAGGAAGGAGGCUUGCUCAGUGAAUGCUGGGAUAUGGAAAAGUGUUUUUGAGUUUGUAAAAACACGAGUGGCCAACUUUGACAACUUUAAGACUCGUAGACUUCAACUGCCAGAAUGCUGACUGGGGAUUUCUGGGAGUUGAAAUCUAUACGUCUUCAAAGUUGUCGAGUUUGGAUAACUCUGCUGUAGAAUGAGAACAUGGUGUAACUGUUUGUCAGGCAUUACAAUGGCUUUUGUGCAAUCUGAAAUGUUCAUAGACUGGUAACACCACAAUGGCAAACCUUCAUUUCUAGUGCACUCUUGAAUGCUGCUGUGUUUUAAGUAGCUGACUUAGAUUCUUUUGGUAUUUGUCAAAACUUACUAUGACGUUUAAUAAACUGUGUCCUAUUUGCUUUGCAUGAAAUUGCUGAUGGAACACAGCUGGCUCCAAUGCAACAGUUUUUUUUAAGCUGUGUCUAGGUAAAUGAGGCACUGAUUUAUCUUUGCACAGUGUUUUAUUGCAGUAUUAUUAAACAGAUUUUUUUGUAAGUCAAAUACUUUUGUUCUGUUUUAUAUAAUGUUACACAGUAUAUAUAAUCUUGUGGCUGCCCACAGCAACAAGUAGCUAGUUUGGUUUAUUUCGUGCCGGCCUUUCAUAAGAGGUAUAAAGUUUUGCUGGAGGUUUUACUGUAUGGAGCAAGCUAAAAGCUGAACACAAUUUAAGAGAUCUUCAUAAAUGAAAUGCAAGUUCUGAAUUAAAAUGCAC